AUGAUCACUACUGUUAUAGGUCUCCUCGUUCUCUCUGCCCUUUCAUCGGCACAUGGAGACCACGACCAGGUUCCCAUGGCUGGGCCACACAAGGGAUUAUGGUACAACACACUACCGGGAGAUGGCGGUACGCAGGCCGACUCGGUUUUCUCCGGGAUCUCUACGUUCGGACGCCUUCCUUACUUCCCUUGUCUCUCUAGUGAGGACGAGAGCUAUGAUAUUGCCUUUCUGGGAGCUCCCUUCGAUACCGGUACCUCAUACAGACCUGGUGCACGCUUUGGGCCGAGUGGCAUCAGACAAGGCUCUCGCCGUCUCAACCUCUACGGUGGCUACAACGUGCCACUACAAGCGAACCCGUUCCACAGCGACAUGAAGAUUAUGGAUUGUGGUGAUAUUCCUGUGACAUCUUAUGACAAUGCCUGGGCUAUUCAGCAGAUUGAGGAAGGUCAUAACAGUGUCUUGAUGCGCAAGCCCUUCACCGAUGCCCAUAAAGUCGGCCUUUCACGCGCGGGCAAGACUCUCCCGCGAGUUAUCACCCUCGGGGGAGAUCAUACUAUUACUUUACCCCUGCUGCGGAGCAUCAACAAGGCCUACGGACCCGUCACUGUGAUUCACUUCGAUAGCCAUCUAGAUACCUGGAAGCCCAAGGUCUUCGGCGGUUCGCCCAGCCAAGUCGCAGCCGUCAACCACGGCACUUAUUUCUACCACGCUGCCAUGGAGGGCCUACUGAAGAACGAUACGAACAUUCACGCUGGCAUUCGCACAACUCUGUCUGGUCCUUCAGACUAUGAGAAUGACGGGUACUGUGGAUUCGAGAUUGUCGAGGCCCGAGAGAUUGACACGAUCGGCACCGACGGCAUCAUCAAGAAGAUUCGAGACCGUGUCGGGACAGAGAACCCCGUGUACCUCUCAAUUGACAUCGAUACCCUGGACCCAGCUUUUGCCCCGGCUACCGGGACCCCUGAGACUGGCGGUUGGUCCACCCGCGAGCUGCGAACGAUCAUUCGCGGCCUCGAUGGAUUGAACUUCAUUGGUGCAGAUAUUGUUGAAGUUGCACCGGCUUACGAUACUAAUGCGGAGCUGUCGACGAUGGCGGCUGCGGAUGUGCUGUACGAGGUUCUCACGAUCAUGGUGAAGAAGGGGCCGCUAUCGGUUGGUGGACGGUCACACGAGCUGUGA